ACGCGGCGCACCACCGGGCGGUCGCCCGACGACACUACGGACGAUUCUUCCGAUGUCGUCGUCGUCGUGUCGUCGGGCGGCAGCGUCACCGCGAGGGAGCUGUCGUCCGCGGCGGCGGCCGCUGCGCCCUCCCGCAUCCCGCCUGUCGACGGCACCUUGAACUGCACCGGCGGCUCGUCCCAGCACGGGUCGCUCUUCAGCUGCGGCAAGGGAGACGAGCGGCCACGUCAGCACGUUGAGGCGCACGGAAGUCCCAAAGGCGGGAAUCUAGCGGCUUUCAAAAAUCAUGAAAUGAUAUCGCGCGGCGGUCCUCGUUUCUUCGCAAAACCCCAUCCCCCUGCGAAGCUGCCCGUGAUGGAGGAGGCGACGGCGCCCAGCGUGCACGAGCUGAACCAGGCGUUGCAACUGUUCGGCAUCGCCGACUAUGCGGUGUUCGCGUUCAUGUUGCUGCUGUGCGCCGCCAUCGGCGUCUACUUCGGCUUCUUCGCCGGGGCGCGCUCCGCCGACGACUACCUGAUGGGCGGACGCUCCAUGGGCGUCGUGCCCAUCUCGAUGUCGCUCAUCGCCAGUUUCAUCUCGGGCAUCACGCUGCUGGGCACGCCCACUGAAAUCUACCUGCAUGGGACGCAGUACACCUUCAUCGCCAUCGGAGUGCUGCUCAUGGCGUUCGUCCUAGCGUACGCAUACUUGCCAGUCUUCCACAACCUGCAGCUCACCUCCACUUACGAGUAUUUGGAAAGAAGAUUCGGCAAGGAAGCACGUCUUAUUGGUUCGGUGCUGUUUGCCAUUGGAAUCGGCGGGCUGAAGGCCGUCGUGUGGACGGACGUGGUGCAGACGGUGGCCAUGUUCGGCUCCAUGCUGCUGGUCAUCGCCAAGGGCACCGCCGACGUGGGCGGCCUGGGCGUCGUGUGGAGCCGCAACUGGGAGAGCGGACGCAUCGAGUCGCCCAGCCUCAGCCUCGACCCCACCGAGCGCCACUCGCUGCUCGUCCUCAUCGUGGGCAGCUCCCUGCACUGGCUGCAGAGCAGCGGCGUCAACCAGAUCAUGAUGCAGCGCUACCUGGCGCUGCCCACGCUCCUGCGCGCGCGGCUAUCUGUUUGGAUUUUCGUGCUGGGUGCCUUGUUUCUGGUAUUCACCUGCUGCUAUAGCGGUCUUCUCAUUUAUGCCACAUACCACGACUGCGAUCCCCUCACUACUAAGAAGCCGCUCACCGAUCGCCAGACCAACGUGCUCAUGAAGACGGUGGUGGUGGUCACGGGCGUGGUCUGCGUGUCGCUCGUCUUCGUCGUCGAGAAGCUCGGCUCCAUCCUCCAGCUUUCUAUGUCUUUGGGAGCCAUGACAAAUGGACCAGCCCUUGGAAUCUUCACGAUGGGAUUAUUUCUGCCAUGGGUAAACAACAAGGGGAUGCUGGCGGGCAGCUGCGCGGGGCUGCUGGUCAUGGGGUGGAUCGUGCUGGGCGCGCAGGCGGCCAUCGCCACUGGGGACAUGGCCUUCCCCACCAAGCCCUUCAGCGUGCAGGGCUGCACCUACUCCUUCGCGGCGCACGCCGUCAACGCGACGCUCGCGCCCGCGCACGCCCACGCGGACGCCAGAAGCGACGUGUUCCCGCUGUACCGCGUGUCGUACCUGUGGUACACGCUGCUGGGCGUGGUGGUGUCGACGGCCGUGGCGCUGCCCGUGAGCUUCCUGACGGGCGCCAACCGGCCGCAGGACGUGGACGCGCGCCUGCUCAGCCCCGUCGUCCGCCGCUUCUUCCGCCCCCGCUCCGCCCCCGCCGCCGCCCCCGUCCCCGCCGCCAACGGCUAUAAGUCCGUCGAGCUUCAUAUCAUUCCGAACUCCCAGAGCGCUGAAGAGAAAGAAAAAGAAGCAAUCUGGUUAUUUGAAACUUCGGAGAAAAUGAACGAACAAGAGGAAGAACAGUUUUCAUUGAGUACUAAAGAAAAGUGGGAAUUGUCAUUAAUUAUUAGAUACAUGUAUGCUAAUAAGGAAGAACUGAAAACUAAG